AUCCUGAAACGGAAAGAGUGAAAAGAGAGGGGGAGAAAAGAAAGAGAGGAGGAAAGACAAGGGAGUGGGAUAUGAGAGAGGAAAACACAACGGAGAAAGACGACUGAGAAAGACAAUAUUGAUAUCUUAAAAAGUGCUAGACGUAGAGAAAGAGAAAUAUAUAUAUAUAUAUAUAUGUAUAUAUAUAUAUAGAGAGAGAGACAGAAUAGGAGUAUCCUGGCAGCUAUCCAGGCCUCAGCCCAAAGCCAGGUCCUGCUGCCGCUUCUUGUCUGUCCAGAACAUGGUGCUGUUCCCACUCUGCAAACUGCUCUCAGGGUCAGUCAGAGUGACCAAGAAGCAGCUGGUCCUGUACUGUCUGCUCCUAUCUCUGCUCGUAUACUUUUUAAGAUGGAGGAGAGCAGUGCUCAAGGUGGACACGCACCCUCUUCCUCUUUCUCUGGAGGCGGAAUCAGGAAGUGUGGUCAGAGACAUAGUGGUGGGCAGUGUGGAGGAACAGCAACAGCGCCUCCCGCUGGAGACAUCCUGGGGCGCUCCUCUGGUGUGGGGCGACUCUAACGGCUCAGCGUGGCGGAGGGCCGAGUUUGCCCACCGCAGCAUCCGCACAGGCCUGCUGACGCUCGCCGUGGGGCCCUAUGGCCACUUCCUACGCCGCUUCCUUUCCUCGGCCGAGCUCUACUUCCUGCCCGGUAACACCGUGGUCUACUACGUUCUUACGGACAGCCCUCGCGCCCUGGAUCCCCCGACCCCGCUGGGCCCUGGCAGAGAGCUGAGGGUGGUCCCUGUGGCAGAGAUGCCCGGCUGGGAGCAUCUGGCCCAGGGCCGCAUGGCCCUGCUGGCAGCCACCAUUAAAGAUUCGGUUAGGCACGAGGUGGAGUACGUCUUCUGCAUGGACGUGGACCAGGAGCUGGUGGCCCCGGUGGGAACUGAGAUCCUGGGGGAGCUGGUGGCCACGCUGCACCCGGAGCUCUACGGCAUGCCCCGCCACACCUUCCCGUACGAGCAUGAGCCCGCCUCGCUGGCCCACGUGGAGGAGGACGAGGGCGACUACUACUACACGUCGGAGCUGUACGGGGGUCUGUGCGCUGAUGUGUACGCCAUGGCCCAGGCCUGCUCCCAGCUCAUCCUCCAGGACCAGGAAAAGGGGCUGAGGGCUCGUGGACUGGAGGAGAGCUACCUCAACCGCUACCUGAUCAACCGCAGGCCCACCUGUGUCCUCUCGCCCGAGUACAGCUGGUGGGACUCAGCCCUGGCCGCCGACGUGCCCACAAGAAGGGUGGUGUCCCUGGGGAGGCAGUGUGACACCCUGGAGCCACAAAAGAGACAGGAGCAGGACUGCUGAGUGUGUUAUUUCUUUGCUUUGUCAUAGAAUUAGAACAACCAUAGAAUGUAGACAAAUUCAAAAAGCAAUCUUAAGGCAAACACAAGGAUCCCUUGGAAUCUGUUGAUGUGUCAGUAAAUAAACUAAUGGCAGCAGA